GCCGCCGCCGCCUCCUCCGCCCCGCGCCCUGCGGUGCUGCAGCUGCGGCGGCUCCAGCUGCCCCAGAUGUGGGCUGGGCGGCGCGCGGGCAACUUUCGCGCCGGCUGCGAGUGCGGGGCCGCGGCGCGGGGCGGCUGCCAUGGAUCCGCCGGCGGGAGCCUCUCGCCGCCUGCUCUGCCCCGCGCUGCUGCUGCUGCUGCUGCCGCCUCUCCUGCUGCCGCCGCCGCCCGCAGGCGCCCGGCUCGCCGCCGCCGGCCCCCCAGGGGGGCCCCCAGGGCGCCGAGCGGAGCACAUCCUGGCGGUGCCGGUGCGCACUGACGCCCAGGGCCGCCUGCUGUCCCACGUGGUGUCGGCUGCAGGAGCGGGGCUCCGCGCCCGCAGGGCUGCCCCACUCCAGACCCCUGGCUUCCCGGAGGGCGGCCCGGAGGACCUAGGCGACCGCCUCUUCUACAAUGUCACCGUCUUCGGCCGAGACCUGCACCUGCGACUGCGGCCCAAUGCCCGCCUUGUGGCACCAGGAGCCACGUUGGAGUGGCAGGGCGAGGCGGGCGCCACCCACGUGGAGCCCCUGCUCGGGACUUGCCUGUACAUCGGGGACGUGGCCGGCCUGCCAGCAGCCUCCUCCGUGGCGGUCAGCAACUGCGACGGCCUAGCUGGCCUGAUCCGUGUGGCCGAGGAGGAAUUCUUCAUCGAGCCCCUGGAGAAGGGCCAAGCCCAUGAGGAGGUGGAGCCGGGCCGAGUGCAUGUGGUGUAUCGUCGGCCGCCCGCCCCCAGGCCGCCUCCUCUCGAGGGGCCGCAGCCCCUGGACACAGGGGCGGCCCCGGACAGCCUGGACAGUCUAAGCCGCACGCUGGGCGUCCUGGAGGAGCGCAUCAACAGCUCCCGGCGCAGGGUGCGCAGGCACACGGACGACGACAACUACAACAUCGAGGUCCUGCUGGGCGUGGACGACUCUGUGGUCCAGUUCCACGGGAAGGAGCACGUGCAGAAGUACCUGCUCACCCUCAUGAACAUCGUCAAUGAAAUCUAUCACGAUGAGUCCCUGGGCGCCCACAUCAACGUGGUCCUAGUGCGGAUCAUCCUGCUGAGCCACGCCAAGCCCAAGCUGACCGCACCCCUCAAGAAGUGGGGGAGCUCCCCACAGUCAGAAAUUGCCAGAAUUGGACCCCUCUCUGUUCAUCUCCCAUCACCCCAUGCUCCCGGCUCUGUGACUUUGCACCAGUCCAUGAGCCUCAUUGAGAUCGGGAACCCCUCCCAGAGCCUGGAGAAUGUCUGCCGCUGGGCCUACCUCCAGCAGAAGCCGGACACUGACCACGAUGAGUACCAUGACCACGCCAUCUUCCUCACACGCCAGGACUUUGGGCCUUCGGGCAUGCAAGGCUACGCUCCCGUCACUGGGAUGUGCCACCCUGUCCGCAGCUGCACCCUGAACCACGAGGACGGUUUCUCCUCGGCCUUCGUGGUGGCCCACGAGACUGGCCACGUGCUGGGCAUGGAGCACGAUGGGCAGGGUAACCGCUGCGGGGACGAGGUGCGGCUGGGCAGCAUCAUGGCGCCACUGGUGCAGGCCGCCUUCCACCGCUUCCACUGGUCUCGCUGCAGCCAGCAGGAGCUGAGCCGCUACCUGCACUCCUACGACUGCCUGCGGGACGACCCCUUUGCCCAUGACUGGCCGGCGCUGCCCCAGCUCCCUGGGCUGCACUACUCCAUGAAUGAGCAGUGUCGCUUCGACUUCGGCUUGGGUUACAUGAUGUGCACGGCGUUCCGGACCUUUGACCCCUGCAAGCAGCUGUGGUGCAGCCACCCUGACAACCCCUACUUUUGCAAGACCAAGAAGGGCCCCCCCCUGGAUGGGACCAUGUGUGCAUCCGGCAAGCACUGCUUCAAAGGCCACUGCAUCUGGCUGACCCCUGACAUCCUCAAACGGGAUGGCAACUGGGGCGCCUGGAGCCCCUUCGGCUCCUGCUCCCGCACCUGCGGCACCGGCGUGAAGUUCAGGACCCGCCAGUGUGACAACCCACACCCGGCCAACGGGGGCCGCACCUGCCCAGGCUUGGCCUAUGACUUCCAGCUGUGCAGCCCCCAGGACUGCCCCGACGCCCUGGCCGACUUCCGCGAGGAGCAGUGCCGCCAGUGGGACCUGUACUUUGAGCACGGUGACGGGCAGCACCACUGGCUGCCCCACGAGCACCGGGAUGCCAAGGAGCGCUGCCACCUGUACUGCGAGUCCAAGGAGACCGGCGAGGUGGUAUCCAUGAAGCGCCUGGUGCACGAUGGCACACGCUGCUCCUACAAGGACACCUUCAGCCUGUGUGUGCGCGGGGACUGCAGGAAAGUGGGCUGUGAUGGUGUGAUUGGCUCCAGCAAGCAGGAGGACAAGUGCGGCGUGUGUGGCGGGGACAAUACCCACUGCAAGGUGGUCAAGGGCACCUUCACACGCACCCCCAAGAGGCUCGGUUACAUUAAGAUGUUUGAGAUUCCAGCUGGAGCUAGACACCUGCUCAUUCAGGAGACAGGCUCCACCAGCCACCACCUGGCUGUCAAGAACCUGGAGACAGGCAAGUUCAUCCUAAACGAAGAGGCUGACCUGGACCCCAACUCCAAGUCCUUCAUUGCCAUGGGUGUGGAGUGGGAGUACCGUGACGAGGACGGCCGGGAGACGCUGCAGACCACGGGCCCCCUCUACGGUUCCAUCACUGUCCUGGUCAUCCCGCAGGGAGAUGGCCGGAUUUCGCUGACUUACAAGUAUAUGAUCCACGAGGAUUCGCUCAACGUGGAUGACAACAACGUGCUGGAGGACCAUGCCCUGGGCCACGAGUGGGCACUGAAGAAAUGGACGCCCUGCUCCAAGCCUUGUGGCGGGGGAUCCCAGUUCACCAAGUAUGGCUGCCGGCGCCGGCUGGACCACAAGAUGGUGCACCGUGACUUCUGUGAUGCCCUGGCCAAGCCCAAGCCCAUCCGUCGCACCUGCAACCCCCAGGAAUGCUCCCAGCCAGUGUGGGUGACAGGCGAGUGGGAGCCGUGCAGCCAGAGCUGCGGGCGAACGGGCUCGCAGGCGCGGGCGGUGCGGUGCGUGCAGCCCCUGCUGGACAACACCACGCGUUCAGUGCACACCAAGCACUGCAACGACGCCCGGCCCGAGGGCCGCCGUGCAUGCAACCGCGUGCUCUGUCCUGGCCGCUGGAGGGCGGGGCCCUGGUCCCAGUGCUCGGUAACCUGUGGCAAUGGCACCCAGGAGCGGCCAGUGCUCUGCCGCACUGCGGACAACAGCUUUGGGGUCUGCGAGGAAGAGCGGCCCGAGACGGCGCGCAUCUGCAGGCUGGGUCCCUGUCCCCGAAACACCUCCAAGAAGAGCUAUGUGGUCCAGUGGCUGUCCCGUCCAGACCCCGACUCUCCGGCACAGAAGACAUCGUCAAAGGACCGCUGCCAGGGUGACAAGUCAAUGUUCUGUAGGAUGGAAGUCUUGUCCCAAUAUUGCUCCAUCCCCAGCUACAACAAACUGUGCUGCAGGUUCUGUAGCCAGCACAACCUCAGCAUCGUGGAUGACAGGGCAGUGCCACCCCCCGGGAAGCACAACGACAUCGAGGAACUUGUGCCCACCUUCCCGACGCCCACGCUGGUCAUGGAGGAGCAGCCACCACCGGAUGUGCCCCCAGAGGUCCCCCGCAAUGCCACUGGCACCAACGCCACCGCCGAGGAGAACCCAGAGGCCAACGCCGUGGAUGUGCCCUUCAAAAUCCACCGCCUGGAUGAUGACGAGGUCCAGCCGCCCAACCUCAUCCCUCGACGCCCGAGCAUCUAUGAAAAGACCAGAAACCAACGCAUCCAGGAGAUCAUGAGCGAGAUGAGGAAGAAGGAGAUGCUCGGAAAGUUCUAAUAAAGUGCAAAGAUAGCCUCCCUAGCACUUCUAUUUUUCUUGCUUACAGAGAUAAUUCCAUGGGAUUACAGAUCCUGUGUGGUGGAGAUGAAGUCGAGUUCCUGAUUCCAAAAGGUUUGGAGGAAACAAAGAGAAAGAGAGAGAAGGAUGCUCACCCACCACCACCCAUCAAAAAAAAAAAAAAAAAAGGAAUGGUUUGAGCAUGUGGCAAUGAGAUGUUCGCACUUGUGUUUCAAUGUCUAGAUCCUGUGUGGGUUUGGGUGGGGGUGAAGAGGGAGAUGGGUGGACUGGAGGGAGAAUGCAGAGGGGAAGCUUUUGCCUCCUAUGUCCCCUCAGUGACUGGAGUCUUUUUGCCUUGAUGGUGACAACCCUUCUGAAGUCACAGGGGCACAGGGAGCUUGCUGGGGACUCUUAGGAAAAAUGGUGGUUGAUGUAUUAGAUGAUCAGAUAGGGUACAGCCAAGUGGAGGUCUUGAGCUCCAAGACCAGACAAGACAGGAAGGGACCAACUGGGGACCCAGAACCCUUCAGAAUGAGCCUCCCCACCCCCACUGCCUCAGUCAAAGCUGUCACCCCCUUUUGUUGUUGCUGUGGCUAUCUGCCUUGGCCCUGGUGUCAGAGAACAUGCUUCCUCCAAAUUUAAUUGUCCACAUCAAAGUUCUCCAGGGUCAAGUUCAAAUAUCUGAAGGGGCCUGGGAGUCCAUCAGGCUCUGGAGUCACCAGGGCUACAGUGUCUGGCCUCUUGGCUUGACCUGACACCUUGGUUUUGUGGACUGAGGAUGUAGGGAAAGCUGUCUGGCCAUCCUAGUGCUCUGGGGCUGCUGAAGAUGGCAACCCAGGUUGGGCUUCGAGGCUGCCUGCCUCUUCCCUGAGUGUGGCACGAGACAGAUCUGAAUGCUGGGUCACAUUUCCUGCAAGGAGAAGACAGUCCCCUUUCUCUCCACUCCCGCUGAGCCUGCUGGCUGCCUCUGAUCAAUUCCUCUCUCAGUCCCUGGGAUCCCAGAGAGGCACCCCCUACCCCUAGUUCACAGAGAGGAUGGGAGAGCAUCUUCCAUGUACUCAAAACUGCCUGAGUAGGCAAGGCCUGGCAUCUCCCAGAGGAUUGUUAGCUGUGUGCUCUGGCCCAGGCUUCUGAGGCUCUGGGCUUUGUGGGUUUGAGCUGGGGCCUGGAGACCAGCUUUGUUGGGUUGGGCAGGGAGGAGCAUGGCCUCUCCUCAUCUAGAUCUCUCCUCAACUUCUCUUCUCUGGCAGUUCUGGGCCCCUGGUGAACUGUAGGACUGAGCCACCCACAGAGGCAGGGGGUGAAAGGGAGGUGGUGGAAGGAGGGGGUAGCUUGCAAAGCAGCUGCUUUUUGUGGCAGAGUGGUGUUUUGUGAGCAAGAUGUGAGAGAGGACCAGGGACAAGAAUGUCAGGGAGGAUGGGAAUACGUGUCUGUCUUUACCCCUCCUGGCAUAGACGUGUUGGAAGCAUGUAACUUAAACAUCCCCAUGUUGCAAGACUCAGGGCACAUUAGUCUCUUAGCUGACGCUUCUUGUGUCCAGGAAAAUUCGAGAGCCUUUGUAUCCUUGACAGUCUUAGAUCUCAAAGAACAUCUCCUUCCUUCCCUCCUCUCUCCUCCCCUUCAUACAUCCUUCUUUACCUCUCUCCCUCUUUUUUAUGCUGUGCCAGGGAAUGAACCCAGGGCCUCCUGCGUGUGCUGUAGCGCAGUUGCCCAAACUUCAUUCUGUAUUUUUGAGGGAGGGAGGUGCAGCCCCGACAUCUGUGGAGUCCCACUCGCUUUGGUGACUGGUGCUGUUGUUGUUGGUGCUCCCAUAUGGUGCCAGGGAGCAAACCCAGGGUUGGAACAGGGUGAGGCAUCGUCUCUACCCACUGGAUCCCUGAGAAUGCUUCUUUGCCUAACUCCUCGUUACCGGGAUGAGAACAUCCAAGCUCAGGGUGAUUCCACAGUGACUAGUCUGGGCUGCAUUGUAAGGUGCUAAGAUGUUUGCAUGUGGGUGUCAGCAUGAGGAAGUGGGUUGAACCCACAGCAGCUGGUGCGACUCUCCUCGGGCUGGAUGGGGCAGUUGGGCAGUUCUUGCUGGUCUGGAAGGUGGAGGAGGCUCAGGGCUGUACUAGUCAGUGUCCCCCCCCACUCUGGGCACCUUGGGCAUGGAAAACCCCAUUCCUAGGUCCCAGCAAAACUAAGUUGCAGGUCUAGGGGCAGGGGGAAGGUGGCUAGAAGCCUUUGGGGAGAAGCCCCAGCUUCUUGGGACAUACUCAGGGUCCCCCUCUUCUGGAAGAAGAAAGAUACCCUCCUCCCCUGAGGAAGUAUAGGCCAGUGUGGCCAUGGUCCUAGAGGCCCUACUUGGUGCCCUGGGUCAUAUGCCCACAGAAUUCUCUAGAACUCGAUGUCACUCUGAGGUCUCUGUAAGGAACUGUGCAAAUGGUUCCUAAUUUGGGACCAGCAGAAGAGCCCGUUUACCAUGGUGGCUCCAGAGCCAGCAGCCAUGUCCCAGGGACUCCUGAUAGCUGGGGAGACCUGGGCGGGGGUGGGGUGGGGGUGACUUCCUGGCUAAGGAUCGAAGUGCCACCUGGAGCCUCAGGUGUGCCUUCAGUCUGAAGCUCCCAGGACUUCAACAGAGAGACCUCACAGUCCUUCAUGCUCCAGGGGAGAAUCAUGGCAGGGUUUGGGGAACUGGUUCUCUGAUCUGCUUUGAGGGGGAAAAACAACCCAUGGAAUUUCACAUAUAAGCCUUUCUUUUAUAUCUUAAGUGUUUUUGUUUUAUUAUUAUUUUUUAAUUUUUGGUAUGUCUUGAGUAUAAAAUGGUGCUCAACAGAGAAGUCCUGUCAGAGGAAGCCCAGCAGGUGCUGAACUCACAUCACAUGUUAUUUUACUGGUCACUGAGGCUGCUGACACCUUUGUUUUUCUGUAAAAAGUGUCACACGCCUUCGUUUUUAUAACUUAUUAAAGUUCGAACAUCUGUGUCUUCGCACAAUA